CAUUUUCCCCUCCAAAAAUCUUGUACCUAAGUUCUUCAUGGCCUCAUUUUCUCUUUAUGUAUAUACUCGUUCCUCUUAAACAUCCUACGUACGUACCCUUUUCAUAUAUGUAGUUCCAAUUUUCCUGAAUCUUUUUUCCCUCAUGAUUUCAUUUUUGUACUUCUUCUUUUCAUGAGGAAAUAGCACAAUGAGGAAUUCAAGAAAAAGCAAAAUGACAACAGAAGAGAACAGUCAUUCCAAACAAGCGUUAUCUGAUCCUAAUGAAGAUGAAUAUUCUUUUCGAAUAAGCCACAAAUCCGAAACUAGCCAUCUUCCUCCUCGAUUAAGUUCUGAUUAUAGCUCUCCUCUUGCAACAUCUCCGACAAGGGAUUCAUCAGCAUCUCCAUAUUUAGAUCCCUAUUGGGACCAGAGUCACCAGACAUCACCAUUAUCUAGAUCUCCAUGGACAUCUCACGUUGAGAAUAAUUAUUCCUAUACAGGGCUCAUGGGGUCCCUCGUUCGCGAAGAAGGACAUAUAUAUUCUUUAGCAGCGUCAGGGGAUUUGUUAUACACGGGAUCUGAUAGUAAGAAUAUAAGGGUGUGGAAGAAUCACAGAGAAUUUUCCGGGUUCAAAUCAAAUAGUGGGUUGGUAAAGGCAAUUAUUUUAUGUGGAGAACGAAUUUUCACGGGUCAUCAAGACGGGAAGAUCCGAGUCUGGAAGGUUUCUGGUAAGGAUUCAAGCGUUUACAAUCGAAUUGGAACUUUGCCAACUUUAAUGGCUUAUAUAAAAACUUCAAUGAAACCAAGCAAUUACAUCCAAACAAGGCGUAAUAGAAAUACCGUGUGGAUAAAGCAUUUUGAUGCCAUUUCAUGCCUUAGCAUGAGCGAGGACCAAAAGCUCUUGUAUUCAGCAUCUUGGGAUAAAACCAUAAAGGUUUGGAGAGCAUCGGAUUCCAAAUGCUUGGAAUCAAUACAAGCCCACGACGAUGCUGUAAAUUCCAUCGUUGUAGGCUUUAACGGAUUACUUUUUUCAGGCUCUGCUGAUGGAACAGUAAAAAUAUGGAGAAAAGAAUCCCAGGGGAAAGGAACAAAACACUUCUUUUCACAAACAUUAUUGAAGCAAGAAUGCGCUGUAACAGCCUUAGCUGUUGACCCUUCAUCCAAUUUCCUAUAUUGUGGCUCUUCAGAUGGGCUAGUCAAUUUUUGGCAAGGCGACAAGCUUCUAUCUCAUGGAGGAGUGUUAAGGGGUCAUAAACUUGCAACACUCUGUUUAGCAGCGGCGGGGAAUUUAAUUUUCAGUGGAUCAGCUGAUAACAAUAUUUGCGUGUGGAAAAGGGACGGAGCAGAACAUAUGUGUUUAUCAGUGUUGAGCGGACAUUCUGGUCCGGUUAAAUGCUUGGCUGUUGAAGAGGAACAACAACAAAAAGGUAGUGAUAAACAAUUUAUUGUUUACAGCGGGAGCCUCGAUAAAUCAGUGAAGAUUUGGAGGAUAUCGUCGCAGUUGGUACCAAAUCAGGCGGAAGUGGGGAUGAGUCCACCGCAAAAUUUUCCUACAUCAAAUAGCUGCAGAGUUAGCCAAAGGAGAAAAUAGCAAUGGAGACUUUUGACAAUUGUAUAGACGCAGCUAGCUUUGGAAAUUGACCAAGUAAGAAAUUAUCUACAUGUUUUGCUAGCUUUGCAGAGAAAUUUGUAAAUGAAAACUUUAUUUGUAUUUUCACCCAUUGGAGUUCGACACAAAUGUCAAUGGCUGUUGAUGUAUUUGAAUUUGCUCUUGUUUCCGUCUAUUUGACUGACAACAAAGUAACAAACAGAUGAGUUAUCUACAUUUCUUGUAUAGUAUCAUGAUCAUCUUCAUUUCUAUUCCCAUAUGUAACUUGACACUUCAAUGUGAAAUCUCUUAAUUUGAACGAA